CCGGACUCAUAGAUAGCAGUGUUAAUGGUGUAACUCUACGAGCAUUGCGUUAUUCAAUACAAUACAUUGAAUGCACGGAUAAUAUGGCGAAUGCGAUGAACACUAACGAUAUCAGUGUUAGCGUUAGAGUGAGACCUAACAAGUCGUGUAACAACUAUAGCAACGAUAGGCUGACACAUGUGGAGGACAACCACUGCCACGAUUGCACCGACACUACAGACUCAGCGCACGUGAAGCACGCGGACGACGAUCACCGCCCGGACCACACCUCCCGGCCCUCCACUGGCGACCGACCACUCAAGAGAUGUCACACUUUUAUAGCGCAUAUAAUGCGGCAAAAGAGUAAACAAGUGUUGGUUUGUCUCGUGUUGGCCAUCAUUGUCACCCUUUUGGCCGCUAUUAACAACGGAGGUCUUCGCACCCGAAAGACACCAAAUCCCACAAAACUCUUCGACGAAGACUUAUAUCCGAUAGUGGACUACGAGUUCGGAGAUUUGAGACAACUAUCACUCCGUGCCCUUCAAAACGAUGUCUCGUUCGUCAUGUAC